AUGUCUUACUUGAGCAAGAAAUGGAAACAACUGGUAUACGGAUUUAGCACUGAAGAUCGAUAUGCUGACUACAAAGCUCAUGUCGGUGAACAGCCAUCGGGGAUAACGAAACUUUCGAAUCCCUCGAGCGAAAACGUGAACGCGGCGUUGGCCGACCACCCUGAGGGCUUGGCCCAGGAAUACCGAGAGGCGUUUACAGACAUUGAUAAGGCCCCUGGGUCGAGAGAGGUAGUUUUGGCCUGGGAUUUGAUCAAGGAGUGGGCUUCAGCGAACCACGGCGAGAUUCUGUCAUCGUUGUCAAGCAAGUGUACUCUCACAGACAUUGCGCAGGCGCAGUACGACUUGGGGAUUGUAUUUCCAAAGUGUGUCAUCCAAUCAUUGAGGAUUCAUGAUGGACAGGAAGCCACUCCCAGUAGUGCGCGUCGUUUUGGUCUCAUCUUCGGAUUGGGUGUGAUGCCUCUGGAUGAAAUUGUUGGGAUGACCAAGACCUGGAGAGCUGUUGGUGAAAGGAUGAACGCUACCCCGAUUCUGAAAUACUCUGCUGCUAAAAAGACGAACUUUGAAGAAGAUCAAGAGCAAACUGAGGGUGCUAGCAGUGAUGGCGGACUCCAGAAUGUCCAGGAGGAGCCCAUUCAAUCGAAGAAAUAUAAGGAGGAUUCAAUUCCAAAACAGUCCUCUGUUCCCCCAGGAUAUGUUCGGGCGGACUACUCAAAUCCUGACUGGAUACCUCUGAUUACAGACUAUGCUGGAAACCAUGUUGGUGUUGAUCUCGCGCCAGGUCCAGAGGGAACCGUGGGUCAAGUCAUCUUAUUCGGAAGGGAGUUUGAUGUCAAGUACGUGGUGGCACCCACCUGGGGAGAUUUCUUGCUAGAGUUUGCUAAGGAUCUUGAACAGAAGAACUGGAGACUCAUGGAUGAGGAUUUUGCGGACGACGGUGAUCUGGUUUUUGUGGAUGGGACAACUAAGCAGGAGAUUCCCUACCUAGACGUCUUGAGAAAGAGAGCAAUUCAUAGUGCAAACAGGCUAGAGGCCACUCAACCCAAGAAUACAAAGAAGGUGAAGGUGGUUCCAGACUUAAAGCCUCCUUCAACGAUCGUUUCUAUUGAAGGCCCCAGCACCGAACCUGAUCUUAUCGAUACUGCAUCUCCGAACCCUAACGCCAAAGCGCCAAUAGAAGAGAAGACAGGUGAUACUGAUGAGGUAAUGACAGAGUCGGAAAACUUGGCCGGAGGCUCAGAAGCGCAGGAUGGCGCAAAGGUGAGGCUCGAGGACGUCGACUUAUGA